CGGCGUCCAUCCAGUACGCCGACCACUUUUGUCACCGGUACACCUCCCGUGGUGUCGAGAGAUACUCUGGUCCCUGGGAUGUACAACCAAAGAAUGUUGUACUCGUUAUUGGGAAUCAAGCGGAUCCUAUCACACCUUAUCGAAACGCGCAACUUGUGACGAGGUUACUGGGAAGCAAGGCGAGACUAGUCCAACAAGCCGGAUAUGGUCACACAAUUCGUAAGCAUCUGGUUUCUGCUUACCAUCUCUCGAAACUGAAAACUAAUUUGACAUACAAUUCGACCUGCACCGCGAAUACCAUCAAAAAAUACCUACAAGGGACUAUUCCAGACGAUAAAGGAGACGACGGUCCGGAUGUUCUUUGUGAAUUGGAUGAAGGUCCUUUUGGGCUCCCUGGAAACACGCCUUGGAAUAUCACAUCAUCCGAGAAUGGCGAUAAACUCACUGCCGGACCGGACGACCCUGGUCUAGUCAACUUUCCUGGUCUCACCGUACCUCCUGCAGUGGGCGGUCAAGAAAUCUCUAAUGGAAAUAAUGAAAGUCAGAACGGUGCUAUCGGGAAAUCUAGGUUGGGAUG